AAGUGUUUGGUCGAUCUUUUGUGGUCACUUUCACCAUCAAGAUCUACGUCGCUGCUUUAUGCGCUUAAGAUUGGUGGGGACGAAUUUAUUGCAGUCGUGAUGAAUCCAAAUAUGCACCUUGUGAUCUUCGUUUUGUUAUUAUUUUCCUCGCUGUGAUACUUAAUAACAUGACGCACCAUUGUAGUGACGAAUUUGAAAAUAUUGACAACAAGUCAUCGUUUAGUUCUCGAAAUGAUUUCCAGGCAAUAAAAUUCGUGAAUUUCUCUACCUCAUUGUCAACUUAUCACCCAAAUGCACUCCCGAUGGCGUCCCUCACGGUACAGAUGCCUUCCAAUCUUCAGAGAAUAUAACGUUGCCUCUAUUAGAUGUUUCUCUACGGUGUCUGAUUUGACCACGCAACGUGUAUGUUGCGUGGUAUAAUAGAUGUUGCAGCACACGGUGACUUGAGGUGUAUAUUGCUUGCAAACGUAACUGUCAUGGUUCCUCAUGGAUCGUCAUCAUGUCGGCCGACCGCUUCUCUGUACGUGUAUGCACAAGCAUAUAUAGCUACAUUUUCUCCGUUGAAGUAAGAAAUAACGCCAGCAGAGCUGACCGCAACUGCUCGCACAUUUUUUUUCUGAUUGAGAUUUGACGCAUGGGCUCGCACCGAUACGUAUUCUGGCCAGAGCUAUGUACAAAGUUACGCUUACGGAAUGGGGAAAGCCGAAAUUUGCUCAGAAUGUAUUAUCAUUUUAAGAAUAUGAUCUGACUAGUAUAGCACUUUCAACAUGGAGAUCUACUGCAACUUCGACAUCCUCUGUAUGACGCCCACAUAAAAUGAAAUUAUCUGUAAAUGCUCGUGGAAUUUGUAUUACGCAUGUGCGAGAAAACCUAAAAUUUGAAUAUGGGCAAUACAAUUUAUAGUCAAUAGACGCAGCAGCACCAAAAAGGUGAUGAAGCAAAUCAGUGAAGAAACACACAACGGCCAAUCUCCGUCCUGUUGCGUUCAUCUAUGCAAUUGCGGUAUUUGUUCCAUCACAGAAGAAAAUCAAGCAGUGUAUGUAAAUAUGUCAUGUUACACUUUCUUUCGUUUAUCCUCACAAUAGUGAUACAGUGUGGUACCCAGCUCGCUCGCAAUUCUUUACUACAACCACUAGACAUUGUUUUGUAUCAUCUCGUCACAGCGCAAGAGUAUGAUAUAUAAAGGCUCUGCACGGCUGCUGUAAGUCUCGUGUGAUCCGAGUAUCUCCAUUUUAGACGUGUCGGUUGUACUAGCAUCUGGGGUUUGUGUGGCUAUGGAUCUAUUAAAUGCAGUCGAGCAGCGAUGUUACGACUGCUCAUGCGGAAGAAAAUGGAGCCAUAUUCUGGGAGGCUGUGAUCACUAGAUAGCGUCCAGCGUUUCCAGAGAGGAGAGGCGUAAUCUUAGAUGAAAACGUGCAUCUGCAUGGAAUCAUGGAUAUCGCGGUUUCAACAUUGAAUUGGAUUGUCGUGUCUACCAUAAGCUGCAUGAUUAUGUACUUCCGCCAAUUGAAGCCGUGGAUAGAGCUCUGGAAAAAAGCAAGCCACUACGAAACGACUCACUAUGUUACUCUAAUAGCUGGUGACUGUGAUGUGUCAUUGAAAGCUCACGUAUGACAGACGGACUGGCUUCGGUGUUAAAAUGUGCAUCCUUCACAAAUACUAGCAUUGUGCGCAAUUACUCAUGUUACGAGAAAGUCGAGCCUCACCUAGAUAUUUGCGAAUGACGAUGUGAAAACUCUCGCAAAGAAUGGUACUUAGAUAAAAUAACUAGUGUUUUGAGAACGGUAUUUGUCUUUGUCGAGGUCUGUUAGCAUAAUUCUGUGACCCUACGACUCGUUGACAACCUCGCAGCCAUGAGCAAUUUGUGUCAAUU